CAUGAUUGAGAUAAUUGGCCUCCUGACUACAAGUCAUGGUUGAACAUGACACACCACUCUCUCGUAUUCUCUGCUUUUUAUAAAAUCCCGUAUCCCCCUUCUUACAUAUUCAUGUGCUUUCAGCUCUUUCUCUCUCUUGAACUCCCAUAGCCCAAAUCUUUUCUUCACCCUUUCUCUCAUCCUUUGUUCAUACCAUACAAGAAAAAAGCUGUGUUUGGCAAAAGAGAAAAUAAUGAUGGUGGAAAAAGAAGAUCUGGGUUUGAGUCUGGGCUUGAGUUACCCUCAGAAUCACCACGCUUUACAGCUAAAUCUAAGGCCUUCUCUGGUUCCAACCUCUGCUAAUUCUUGCUCUUCUCCAUUUGGUUUAGCCCUGCAGAAACCCUCAUGGAACGAUGUCUCUGCUGCGUCAGAUCCUAAUUCAGAAUCUUUCCGGGCCGAGACUAGAUCAUUUCUUAGAGGAAUCGACGUGAACAGAUUGCCAUCUACGGUCGAUUGUGAAGAAGAAGCUGGAGUUUCAUCUCCAAACAGCACGAUAUCGAGUGUAAGUGGAAAAAGGAGCGAAAGGGAAGGUAAUGGAGAUGAGUUUGAGAUUGAAAGAGCUUGUUCUCGUGGCAUCAGUGACGAAGAAGAUGGUGACACUUCAAGAAAAAAGCUUAGACUUUCUAAAGAACAGUCUGCUAUUCUUGAGGAAAGCUUCAAAGAACACAACACUCUCAAUCCUAAGCAAAAAUUGGCCUUGGCUAAGCAGCUGGGAUUGCGACCCAGACAAGUCGAAGUGUGGUUCCAAAACAGGAGGGCGAGGACCAAGCUGAAGCAAACGGAGGUUGACUGUGAGUUCCUAAAGAGAUGCUGUGAGAAUCUGACGGAGGAAAACAGGCGGUUGCAGAAGGAAGUUCAGGAGCUGAGAGCACUGAAACUUUCCCCGCAAUUCUACAUGCAAAUGACCCCACCAACCACCCUCACCAUGUGCCCAUCAUGUGAGAGGGUGGCGGUCCCACCCAACGCACCAUCCACCGUUGAUCCACGGUGCCUUCAGCUUGCCCAAACCCACCACAGGCCCAUCCCCAUUAACCCUUGGGCCGCUGCUACCCCCAUGCCUCAUGGACCGUUCGAUGCUCUUCGUCCUCGAUCAUAAUUAGAACAUAUGCACAAGGGCAUUUUGGUCAAUAAAAAAGACAUCAAUAGUACGGAGAACAGUGCCGUAGCGUAGUGCCCGUCCCUUGUUCAAAGGUCAUAGGUCUAAGAUAUGGUGGUUAGAAUGUGAUUUUGGUGGGUCUAGAUGUUUUGUAUUAUUGGACCCAUCUAAUCCUUUUUUAUUUUUCCUUUCCCCAAGGUUGACAUAUUUAAUUAGUUUAAUUAUUGGUGUUAAUCAGUGAUGCUAAUUAUAUCUUCCUCUAUCAAUUUGAAUGGUGGGGAAGAGAACUUUGGGUGUAAAGUGCAAUGUCUAAUUAUUAAAUUUGACCAAAGCUUUAAACCAAAUCAUGUGUUCCAAAUUCCAAUUUCAAGUUACAAGAAUCUCUCUUUUUGUAUUUUCCAUUAUAAUUUAGAGUUUUGGGGAUUGUGUGGGGACAAAUUACAGCUGUUUUUGAGUAUGGUUUUCCAAACAUGGUGUCCUAAUUUUAGAGGUCUUUGCCAAGCAUUUGAACAUUUUGUUUGACACAAAAAUAUACUUUAAUCAUGUCUAAAGCUACUUUGUCUAACAAAGUAUGAUGAACCCAAAUCUAAAAUUUAGGUACGAGUAAUUCUUUUGUUUUUUGUGAUUGGGUAAUUCCUCAAUGUGUGGGAAAAGAAAUAAGAUCAUUUAAGGGAGCCUAAUAAGAUGUAUAUCUGCUCUGGAGAGAUGGAUCUGAUGUGCUUUUGGUAUCUUUUUGAUGUGAUUGGAUUUGCAUUGGCUAUUACAGAGAAAAGAUCUUGAAGUGACGAACCCCAUGGUUUUCUUCUUCAUCUGUUCGGGUAAGCGGAGUUGAAAAUUCUUCUCAGAUAUAUUUUAUGAGCGGCCUAUGAGUAUGACUGACAUCUGAUCAGUUUAACUAUAAUUGAUUGAUCCUGUAAAGAGAAUAACAAGCGAACAUUUAACUUUUUAAUAGUAAUUGACCUAACAUUACAUAGUUAAAUCGGAAUUUCAAGAGGUGUUUUCUCCAUAUAUAAUCAACUAAAC